CACAUAGACAGGGGGGAUCAGACCCGCUGGCAGCCGAAUAGAAGUGAGUGAAGACAGGAGGCUGCGAGGACGUGCGCUCCUCUCCCCUGAUCCCCGGACAUUCUCCGGACUGGUGCAGCCUGAACACAGCACCCUGGCUCAGAAGGUGAUCCCCUCCUCCCCUCUGAGGAUGUCUCGGAAGGUGCAGAGGGGCGAGGUGUGCGCCGACUGCAGUGCCCCAGAUCCUGGCUGGGCUUCCAUUAACCGCGGGGUGCUGAUAUGUGAUGAAUGCUGUAGCGUACACAGAAGUUUGGGCCGACACAUCUCAAUCGUGAAACACCUCCGACACAGUGCAUGGCCAUCAUCCCUAUUACAGAUGGUGCACACAUUGGCCAGUAAUGGAGCAAACUCUAUCUGGGAGCAUUCUCUUCUAGACCCAGCGCAAGUUCAGAGUGGUCGCCGUAAAGCCAACCCACAAGACAAGCUUCACCCUACUAAGUCAGAGUUUAUACGUGCCAAGUAUCAAAUGCUUGCGUUUGUGCACAAGCUACCUUGCCGCGAUGAUGAUGGAGUGACUGCCAAAGACCUUAGCAAGCAACUCCACUCCAGCGUGAGGACGGGGAACCUGGAAACCUGCUUACGUCUGCUGUCUCUUGGGGCACAAGCCAAUUUCUUCCACCCGGAAAAAGGGACCACGCCUCUGCAUGUUGCAGCUAAAGCUGGGCAGAUCCUACAGGCUGAGCUUCUGGUGGUAUAUGGAGCUGAUCCUGGGGCCCCUGAUGUGAAUGGCAGAACACCUAUUGACUAUGGCAGGCAGGCAGGACACCAUGAUCUGGCUGACAGAUUGGUGGAGUGUCAGUAUGAGCUGACAGACAGACUAGCCUUCUACCUGUGUGGAAGAAAGCCAGAUCAUAAAAAUGGACAUUAUAUAAUUCCUCAGAUGGCUGACAGAACGCGCCCCAGGGGUGUGCCUCAGAGUUUGGAUUUGUCAGAACUUGCAAAAGCUGCCAAAAAGAAGCUGCAGGCGCUCAGUAACAGACUCUUUGAAGAGCUGGCCAUGGACGUUUACGAUGAAGUCGACCGAAGAGAAAAUGAUGCAGUAUGGUUAACAACCCAGAAUCACAGCACACUGGUGACAGAGCGCAGUGCGGUGCCUUUCCUGCCUGUUAACCCUGAGUACUCUGCAACCAGGAACCAGGGGCGUCAGAAAUUGGCACGCUUUAAUGCCCGGGAGUUUGCCACUCUAAUUAUAGAUAUCCUAAGUGAAGCCAAGAGGCGGCAACAAGGCAAGACCUCGGUGAUCUACACAGACAACCUUGAUUAUUCUUUGAGGAAUAACACCAAUGACUGUGAUGACCAGCACGACUAUGACAGUGUAGCGUCUGAUGAAGACAACGACCAGGACCUGCUGAGGAACUCCAGAAACAACAGAGCCAGGAGCAUGGAUUCCUCAGACCUGUCAGAUGGCCCCAUUACUUUGCAAGAGUAUCUGGAAGUAAAAAAGGCCCUUGCAACAUCUGAUGCCAAAGUACAGCAGCUGAUGAAAGUGAAUAAUAACUUAAGUGAGGAGCUACGCCGACUUCAGAGAGAGAUUCAGAAACUGCAGUCCGAAAACUCACAGAUCCGAUACCAGACAGGCCCAUCACCCCCUCCUCCAGCAAACCCUGAGCGAGCAGAGCACCCACCUUCCGCUGCCCACCGGCAAAACCGGCAAGCCUUUUCCAUGUAUGAGCCAGGAUCAGCACUUAAACCAUUUGGACAAUCCACCGAUGAUCUUAGCAAUCGACUUCAGCCGUUUCCCUCUGGGAUCCGGAAAGGGAUCUCUGCCUCUUCUGUGCCCUUCCCCCCUCUGUCCUCCCCUCUGUUCUCUGGACCUCCGGACAAUACCCGGAACAUGUCUGCCAAGGCAGAUCGGCACGGCAGUGGAGCAGACAGUGACUAUGACAAUACCCAGACCACAGAAACUAGUAGCGGCAUGGAAGGAAGGAGGUUCCUGGAUAUGUCUCGAGAUGAAGAUUUCCAUGCGGAUUCUGAAGAUGUUGAGAUCGGGUUGGACCCAACAUUACCCAGUACGGAGGAUGUAAUCCUGAGGACCGAACAAGUAACCAAAAACAUCCAGGAGCUCCUCAGAGCUGCACAAGAGUUCAAACAUGACAGUUUUGUUCCUUGCUCUGAGAAGAUUCACUCAGCAGUAACAGAAAUGGCAUCGCUAUUUCCAAAGAAGCCAGCAUUGGAGACGGUACGGUCUUCCUUGAAGUUGCUCAAUGGUAGCGCUUACCGGCUGCAAAUUGAAUGUCGCAAAACUGUGCCACCAGAGCCAGGGGCCUCAGUAGACUACCAGCUUCUGACCCAGCAGGUCAUCCAGUGCGCUUACGACAUUGCCAAGGCCGCCAAACAGCUGGUCACUAUCACCACCCGGGAGAAGAAACUGUGACCUUUGUGUGGACUAUACACCUCGUGUCCUUCACUAGAGGGCACUUCUCUUUUGUAAUGUCGUAGCUGCCAAGACUUCCAUAAGACACUGAGGAUUCUCCAUAGCCUUGGAUGAGACUGAGGCAUCUACACUCCUGGCAACCAACGUGAGAGUUGCUCUUCAGGCAACCAAAUGUUAAAUCUACAGUCCCCCUCAUCAGCAACAUAAUGUAGGCAUGCCCUGCCUUUACUUUCUUGAAUUGUAGAGCGUAUUAAUUUCCAAAACACUGCACACAUGUGUAUUUAUGUGUGUACAAAGCAUAUAUAGUUACUUAUAAAAAAAAGUGUGUGGUUCUAGGAAUUGUCUUGUGGUAGGAGGGUCAGUCACACGUCUUGUGAUGGUUAUCUAUGGAACAGUAGCAUGAAGGCUCAUUGUAUAUGAGCUAAGCCAAAUGUGUUUUACUAUAUAAUGUUUACAUAAAGGAUCCAUGGCUGUCAGCUCACUGGAUUAUAAAGCACAAUGAUAUCCUGGUCCAUUGAUGGUAAGGGUGAUGUAUACGGGAUACUUUUGCUCCCUACGGUAACUGGAUGU